UACAGAGUUUGCCAUCUUUAGACAUGCACCUCUCGAUCAAUCUUGCAAUUCCCAAGCGAAGUGGUCGCCUUGGCGUUUCCCAACCACCUCUAACGAUGACUUUGCUGUUCUCAGUACCGCAUUUGCUGAGAAAAUAUCCUCCUUCAUUCACACAACAACUACUGCGGAAUAAGGCUGGGCGAGCUUGUUUUGCGACAACUUCUCUCAGGCUCCGGGACAAAGAUGUCGGAUCGAUACAACAUGUUGACUAUGAGACCAAGUAUGCUGCAAAGCUGAAGAAACGUGCUGCUGAACAGGGUGUCACUAUAGAGGAGCUACGUGAACGGAUCAAAGAGAAGGAGAGACACGAAAGAGAGCUUCGGCGAGCCGCUUUACAGAAACACUCGGCGGAGGGAGACCCAGCAUACUCAUCUGCUAAUUUGCCGUUUAAUGCCUCGGAGCCUGAUGAGCAAGAGCUAGCCAUACGGAACAGCACGCCUUCUCCCAUCCGUCGUGUUCGCAAAGAUAGUUCUCCCGUCAAGCCGCUUUCAAGUAUCCUCAAUCUGGAAAAGUUGUUCUCAAAUGACCAUACUCCCGAACAAGUGUCGGUCUUGUGGCGGGCAUAUCACGCGUCUCGCUCAAAAGGCACCGGGCGAGGGUUCCUUUGUGCCACAUUACCCGUCGAGUCGUAUAAGCUCAUGCUCGAUGUUGCUACCCGGUAUCCGACCUUCAUUUUCCCCAUUCCAAGAGAGAAUGCUCAAACAGGCGAGCCGAUAUCAGAAGGCCAGCGGCCAGCUGAGUUCUUCUUCAUGCAAUGGGACUUCCACGGUGCUCCCCUAGAACCAAAGCCUCAGGAGGACAUUUUUGCACGUCCAAAAGUAUCGAAGAACCCACAGACGUCAACGGUUCUAUUUACACCUCUGCAAGAAUACAAACUCCGGGGUACGUUUGCAACCCCUCACCUUGUCAUCACGCACUAUCCGGACCUGGCGGAGACACAUGGAUUGGUUUUGCUUCGUGGUGAGAUCACACCCUCGCCCACGAACAAUGGUUCCUUUGGGGACGACGGCAGGUACCUGUUGAAUCAACAGGACGCUCAACUCCUUGCAUUGGGUGUACAAAAGUUCUAUCUCUGGAGCGAUGGUCACAAAGAACGCGAAGCGCUUUUGAAGCGCUUCCACGAGAGCCCCGCUGAUUUCAAGUGGGAGGAAUUGCUGAAACACAGCGAAGUAUCAUCAUAGCUAGUGGCGGAUAGACAUGCGGCGGUCCCACAAGCGCUGGGAUACAACUGGCUCUCGGGUGGUCUAGAUGUCGUUCGUGUCGCGGACAGUAUGUGUCUUCAGAACUCAAUUGAAUCAGUGAGCAAAGAACGUUUCUAUCUAUUUAUACAAUACAUAGGUCGCCCAAGUCGGCGCAUUGUGCACGCCGGAUAUCACAUUGCGUAUCGAGACGAGAGCUACGUUACAUGCAGUGACAGUCGAUAUUUGAUUUUUGCAUCGUUCGGUACCAGAAGGCUUGUAGAUGGCUUUGAACCUACUUACAGUGCCGCUGCGUAUCUGCGCCAAGCCAACGUUUUACCCCGUCGAUCUGGUCCCUGAUCCUCCAAGAGAUUGAAUAGAGUGCUACAUCGCAG